GCCACGGGGAGAUCACGUGCGUUCCAGUCACAUGACGGCGGCCGUGAUGGUGGAGGAAGAGCGGGCGCUGUUGGGAUCUGCCGGUGGUGAUGAUGGCGGCGGUUCUCCGGAGGCCUUCCGUUCCCUGCCCUCCGCCUGCGACCCGCGGCGCCUGCCGCACCGGCUCAUUAUCCUCACGCUCAUGUGUUUCCUGGGCUUUGGCAGCUACUUCUGCUACGACAAUCCGGCGGCUCUCCAAACGCAGGUUCAACGGGAUAUGAAGGUGAACACAGCUCAGUUCAUGGCACUGUAUGCCUGGUAUUCCUGGCCUAAUGUGGUUCUCUGCUUCUUUGGAGGUUUUCUGAUUGACAGAGUUUUUGGAAUACGGUUGGGCACUAUAAUAUUUAGUAUCUUUGUUUGUGCUGGGCAGGUAGUUUUUGCUUUGGGAGCACUCCUUAAUACUUUCUGGCUGAUGGAUGCAGGCAGAUUCAUUUUUGGAAUAGGUGGAGAGUCCUUAGCAGUGGCACAAAACACAUAUGCAGUCAGCUGGUUUAAAGGAAAGGAGUUAAAUCUUGUGUUUGGAUUACAGCUAAGCAUGGCCAGAAUUGGAAGCACAGUGAACAUGAAUAUCAUGGGAUGGAUAUACUCUAGAGUUCGAGAUCUUCUGGGGUAUACUGGUCCCAGUACUCUUGGGUUAACUCUCAUGAUAGGUGGUGUAACAUGUCUGUUUUCACUGAUGUGUGCAUUAAUCCUCGCUUAUCUGGACAAGAGAGCAGAGAAGCUCCUUUCUAAAGAGCAAGGGAAAACAGGUGAAGUGAUUAAGCUAACUGAUGUGAAGGACUUCUCUUUGUCCUUGUGGCUUAUAUUCGUAAUCUGUGUCUGUUACUAUGCAGCAGUUUUUCCUUUCAUUGGACUUGGAAAGGUUUUCUUUAUUGAGAAAUUCAAAUUCUCACCUCAAGAAGCAAGUGCAAUUAACAGUAUUGUAUAUAUUAUAUCGGCACCCAUGUCGCCAGUCUUUGGACUCCUGGUGGAUAAACUUGGAAAGAAUAUCAUCUGGGUUUUGUGUGCUGUAAUAACUACACUUGCCUCUCAUAUUAUGUUGGCUUUUACCUUCUGGAACCCCUGGAUAGCAAUGUGUUUGCUAGGAGUGGCGUACUCACUGCUUGCCUGUGCCCUGUGGCCCAUGGUGGCCUUUGUUGUUCCAGAACACCAGUUGGGAACUGCUUAUGGCUUCAUGCAGUCCAUCCAGAAUCUCGGUCUGGCAAUUAUUGCUAUAGCAGCAGGGAUGAUUCUGGACACAAGAGGAUACUUGUUUCUUGAAGUCUUCUUCAGUUCUUGUGUUUGCUUGUCACUAAUAGCUGUAGUCAUGCUGUAUUUUGUGAACCACCUUAGAGGUGGUGAUCUCAACUGGUCUGCGAAGAAAAGGGAAAAACUGCAAGAAGCAGCUGCAACUGAAGCAGAAGAACAAGAGAGACUCAGACGUCAAAAUGAAGAUGACUUGGCUAAAUUACGGCCAAAAGCUGAUGACUUUAGUUUAAGGAAUAAAUAUCUCUCCAAACUAGGCGCUCAGCUACCUGAUAAUUACUGUUCCUAUUUAUCAACAAUGUCACACAGAAGCAUGUUGAAAUAGCAUCUUGCCCUACUUGCAAAAGCAGAAAUACGUGGAAGCUCCUGGUACACAAAGCUUUGUUUCCAGUACUGACAACUACCACAGCAAAAGCAGAGUGAUGCACCAUGCUUUUCUGCAAACGUAGAUCCUAUUUUUAAAACACUCGGCUUAAGCUCCUCCUCCUAUCGCACAUGAUGCUCAUGAAGAACCAUUUGGCUGUUUAUUUGAACCCAUGAGUUAUGUACUACAUGCUCCUGUCUAAAAUGCUCAGUGAGUAGCUUGAGACAAAAGCUAAGACUUGAGCUUAGUACACAACGAUGUCUGAAAUGUGAAAGCUUUGUUUCAGUAAUCAAAUUGUACUGAAAUGAGCUUUGGUAUAGGUCUGGGUUAUUUAUCCUCAAGCUGGACAACUUUGUUUCCAUAUUUGACAAUGGUCUGUUUCAUUUUUCUUACAGAAAAAAUGUGAGGAAAGGCUGCCAUUCAAGUAUUUCAGAGGAAACUAUGCAAUUCCAGUAUUACAGUUAAAAAAAUGUUAGCUCUUAAAUGUAAUGCUAGGUCAUGGAUUUAGCAAUAAUCUCAUGUAAGUCCUCAUUAAUGUGAAAAAUAACAGUUUUAAGAGUUGGUAACUAAAAACUAUGAGGAGUUAAAUGCAAACUGAAGUUGGCCUUUCAGUGGAAAAAGUGGUGUUCAAGUUCAUAAUAAAAGUUAAUGCUAUCCUAUAAUUUCAGUGGAAAGCCUGUUGCUGAACAGCUAGUUCCUAGUAACUCCUGCAGAAUGCAUUCUUUGAGUUGUUACUCAUAAAGACUUGCUGAUGUAAUUGGACAAACUAUUCCUAAACUAAGCUAAUCUUUCGUUAGAAGGCAAGAGCAUCUGGCUGGAACGCUAGGUAACCCAAACAAAUUGCUGCUUGUACAAGUAGAGUGUGAGGUGCACAGGGGAGUGAGCUUUCUGUGGCUGACUUCAGGGAGUCCUUGUGUGCAAUAAAAUGCUGAAGAGCCUUUGACAGAUUGCUUGACUGCAGAGAGAGUACUUUGUUAUAAAAAAAUGUUAUAUUUGUAAUAUUUUUUUUUGCCUUCAGUAAUUUAAGCAGACCUUCUGGAACUCAUGGUCUUAAGGGGUUUUUUAAAGAUACUUUUUAGUGAAGAUUUCUUUCAUGCUCCUGAAAAACCAAGAUCAUAUUCCUGAAAGAAUAAAGCAGGACUAUUUUUGUUAAUAGUUCUAUAUUUUGAAGAACAAUCUGUGAAAAUCUAUGUGAAUUAUGCUGGACUUACUGCUGAAGAGGAGUAGUACACUCACCUGUGAUAAUUCUUAUUGGUGCUUUCUGUGCUCCCUGUGAGAACUGAACACUAUCAGCUCUGAGACUGGGUCAUCCAAGUCAGUUUGUGUUUCUUUGUAGACUUGUGACUGCUCUAUCUUUAUUAAUAAAAGCCUUAAAUGGA